GCACCAGACCGACCAUUCCUUGACCGACGCCAGCAUGGGCUCCUCUGCCAUCACCACGAGCUUCCUCCUCUUUCUGGCGUUUCAGCUCCCAGGGCAAACAGGAGCAAAUCCUGUGUAUGGCUCUGUGUCCAAUGCAGACCUGAUGGAUUUCAAGAAUUUGCUGGACCGUUUGGAGGACAAGAUGCCUUUAGAAGAUGAGGCUGUGCCCUCACAAGUAUUAAGUGAGCAGAAUGAAGAAGCUGGGGCCCCUCUCAGCCCUCUUUCAGAGGUGCCUCCCUGGAUGGGGGAGGUCAACGCAGCCCAGAGAGAUGGGGGCGCCAUCGGGCGGGGACCCUGGGAAUCCUCCGAUAGAUCUGCCCUCCUGAAGAGCAAGCUGAGGGCACUGCUCACUGCCCCUCGGAGCCUGCGGAGGUCCAGCUGCUUCGGGGGAAGGAUGGACAGGAUUGGAGCCCAGAGUGGAUUGGGCUGCAACAGCUUCCGGUAUCGAAGAUAACAGCCAGGGAGGAAAAGGCAGGCCAGGCCCCGGGCAGUCUUCAAGAGAAUCCCCUGGGGUCUUCUCACUCAACUUUGUCGCAUCUGGUUGCCA